GGAGUGAAACGCUAAAAACCGGUGCCGUUGCAGAUUUGGUUUGUCUGGCAACCAGGCCGACCUUGUUGCUCUCUCUCAGUGACAACCUUGACAACCAGUUGUUGUCGUUUUGGAUUGCGUACCAGAGAGUUCAUUGUCUGACCAGAUUUUCGAUUGGUUUGCGACGGAAAUAGUGUUGAGCUGCAGAGAAAACAUUUCCACCGAUAUUCGGACACCUAGUAGCUGGUAGGAGCUAGCAGGCAUCAUGACGAAAGUGGACAUUCCGCUGAAAAGCAAAGCUGAAGCAUCCGAUACGUUCAUUCAAAACGAGAAGGACGUUGAGGUGCGAGUCCGGGCUCCGAAACGGGUGCUCCAUUUUAGCGACGGUACACUCGAGGAGUUUAGUGAUGAUGAGGCCGAUCAAGUGGAUUGUGCCGAAACGGUUCCCGUAGAUGAGUCGACCAUGAAGUGGACCGAUUGGAUGCGUUACAAGACCUGCAAGCUCGGAAGCACGGUCCUAGCCGGGUGUGACUACGUCGGCGAGGGACUGGCGUCUUUCCUGGGUAUUACGACGCCGAAAUACAGUUACGAAAUCGAGGAAUUCAAACGGAUGCAAGCCGAACAGCAGGCCGAAGAGCGCGCGAUUCAAACGUUCGUCGAGCAGAAUCGUGCCCAAAAUGGCGACGGCAGUCACAGCGUUACACAGGCACCAACGGCAGUGAAAUCCCCGGUGGAAACGAAUGCUCCUGAACCGGUCACCAGCACGGAAGUGUGCACAGAAAAUGAAAUUCAGAAGUUUUAAACAAUAUUCCCGGCUGACUUGGUGUCCCAGUGAGGAUCUGCGAGGCUGUUAAUUGUAAGGUAUGGACUCCCUGUGAAGCUAAUUCUGUUUUCUGUUUCGUAUUUUUAUCACAACGAACAUCGCGCAUUCAUUAGCACGCGGAGUAAGGGUACCGAACCGCGAACGGAUGUAAUAUCAAAGAAUUAAAUUUAACGUACGCAUGUAAGAGGGCACGAUUUAUUUAUUUUCUAUUGGCCCAGUUAAGGUCGGAAUCUUCGGAAUCGGGCGAAACGGCACAAAGUAGACCAGUUGAACUACAAAUUAUCUCAAAUGUUUUACAUUCUAAAAGGCGUUACGAAUACGAAGCGUACAUUAUUUGGACAAACUUGAAUGAAUGGAAACAACGUAGGUUUAACCGGCACAACGGAUUGUAAUUCUCAUGAAAAUAUAUUUAAAGA